AUGGUAAACGAUAAGUUGAGUUCAAGCGAUCGACAUUCCACGCGUAAUUCACGUCAUUGGACACGUUUAGAAUUAAAGAUCUUGGAGAAUCUUGUUUCUAAAUAUGGUCAAGAUUGGAAGAAAGUAGCUGAGCAUAUACCUGAUAGGAUGCCAAGCGAAUGUGAAUCUCAAUAUGUAAUCAUAUCUUCACCUGACUAUACCUCUUCUCGUGCUAAAGCAAAAAGCGCGCGUACAAAAAGCGCUCGAACAAAACUUAAAUCUAAGCUAAUUUUGACUGAAGAAGAAUGUGAACUUUUGAACAAUUUAAUUGGGAAAUACGGUUGUAGAUGGUCAAAAUUUUCAAAACAUUUUCCAACAAAGAGUUUAAACUCUAUUGAAUCAUUCGUACGUAAGAAUCCAAAUAAAUUUUCUUCUAUUUUCAAAUUCCCAGAAAGAUUGAGGAAGCACAGAUGUUGGACUGAUAGUGAAAUGAAAUUAUUAAACAAUCUAAUUAUGAAAUAUGGUCGUAAUUACGAUGCAAUUUCUCGAAGAAUACUUGGUAGAACUUCAGAAGCUGUGUCUCGAUUUUUGCCGCGUCAUUCUCCAGAUCUACCCGCACUUCGUAAUGCGAAUAUUUUAAGAUGGUUCAAAUCUUCAAGCUUAUGGACUGAACGUGAAACACGUACAUUAAAUGAUCUUGUUGAGCAAUACGGUAAUGAUUGGUUCCUUAUAUCAAGUAAACUUUACGGGAGAACGGCAUUUGCAUGUCAAGAUAAAUUUUAUGCAUGUUGGCAACCAAACAAAAUUAAAAAAGAAUUAGUAAUACAUAACUGGCCGCAAGAAGCAAUUCGGGUUUUGGACUACUUAAUCACAAAAUAUGGAAAAUGGCAAAUAGUCCCGAUUCUUUUACCCGGAACAACACCAUUUAAUUACUAUAUGCGUUCUGCAACUAAUAUCUGGGGUUGGAGAAACCAUGAAAUAUCACUUCUAAGGGAUUUGAUACAAAAGUACGGCCACGAUUGGAAAAAGAUUAAAGCAUAUCUUCCACAUAAACGUAUCAAUUCGAUCGAGCAUCAUGUGAAAACAAAUCCUCAACUUUAUAAUAUUGAAGAUCAUAAAAAUGACACAGAAUUAUAUGAAAUUGAACAAAAUUUUAGUGUACAAAGGCGAUGGAGCGCAGACGAAUUGAGAAAACUCUUAGAGUUAAAAUCACAAUAUGAAACAGAUUGGUGCAAUAUUUCUGAGGGGCUCCCUGGUAGAUCACCAUCAGCGUGCUUUUAUAAAUACCAAGUAAUGACAAGGUUAUUAAUGAAGGUCGGAAAAGAUUGGCAUUCUAGUGCCAUUAUACAAGUUCAAGAUUUUUUCCAGAAAUAUGGUCCAGACUGGGAAUUGAUAUCACAAAAUGUAUCAAAUAAAAGCCCUGGAGAAAUACAACAAUUGGUAAAUGAAAAUCCGAUGUUUUUUUCAAAUCCUGGGUUUGAUAGACAUUUUAUUGACACUACCGGAAAGACUGUAGUUCAAUCUUGGUCUGAAGAAGAUAUAUUAAAGUUAAAGAAUUUUACAGAAAUAUAUGGUAAAGAUUGGAAUAAAAUUGCGUCUCAAUUGCCGGGGAAAACAUCUGAGGAUUGUGAAGAAUAUUAUAAUUUAUAUAAAGACAAGUUUCCGAAUUUGAAUACGAAUCACUUGACAAUAUCAGAUAAUGAUAAAGCAUGGACUGAAAAAGAAAAACAAACAUUAAAAGACUUGUUAGAGAAAUAUGGUACAGAUUAUGAUCGGAUCGCAAGAUUUAUUCCAGGAAAAUCACAAGAAUCGAUUAGAUCAUAUGUUACUACACAUAAACAAGAACUUUUACCCAAAGAACUUGACAUGUACGAAAAUGAAUCAUGUAUGCCACCAUGGACGAAAGAUGAAGAGAAUAAAUUGAUUAAUCUUGUAAGACUUUAUAGGGAGGAAUGGAAAAUGAUAUCUGAUUAUUUACCUGAAAGAUCUCCAAUUGCUUGCAAACGUAAAUAUUAUACUAUUUUACACCCAAACCUUUCAAAAAUUGAAGCGAUCUCGUUGUCAUUGGGCCUCCCGGCUCGGGAAAAACUACCUAUUGUAAUGGCAUGCAACAAUUCCUUCGCGCCACAGGAAGUGAACCUUGAUCCGGCAAAUGAUUUCUUACCAUAUGAAUGUGCAAUAAAUAUGGCAGAUUUAAUUACAUUAGGAGAGGUUAUGGAAGAAUUUAAGUUAGGUCCAAAUGGGGGUAUGAUGUAUUGCAUGGAAUAUUUAGAAAAAAACAUUGAUUGGCUUGAAGAAAAGCUAAAGAGCUUAGAAGACGAAUAUUUUUUAUUCGAUUUUCCUGGUCAAGUUGAACUCUUUACUCAUCACGAAUCGGUUAAAAAUAUCAUUGAAAGAUUGCAAAAAUUGGACUACAGGCUUGUAACGGUUCAUCUGGUAGAUGCACAUUAUUGUACUGACCCAUCAAAAUAUAUUUCAGCACUAUUAUUGUCACUUAAAACGAUGUUACAAAUCGAAUUACCUCAUAUUAAUGUACUUUCAAAGGUUGAUCUGAUGGAAUCGUAUGGCAAAUUAGCUUUUAACUUGGAUUUUUAUACCGAAGUACAAGACUUAUCAUAUUUACUAGAGCAUUUAGAUACUGAUCCAUUCGCAAGUAAAUUUAAAGAAUUAAAUAAAGCAUUAUGUGGAUUAAUAGAAGAUUUUAGUUUAGUUGGAUUUUAUACACUUUGUAUAGAGGACAAGAAUUCGGUGAUGAACCUUGUUAAAGUAAUAGACAAGGCAAAUGGAUACGUAUUUGGCGGAUUGACAGAGGGUAAUGAAAGUAUUAUGUUGACUGCAAUGAGUGAUAUAAAUAGCUUUCACAAUGUUAUGGAUGUGCAAGAAAGAUGGUUAGAACAUAGAGAGAUAUGGGAUGAAUGGGAAGCUAAACAAAACCAACAAUAG